AUGCAACAACACGCUUCCCUCCACAACGGAUCAACCCCUGAACGUCAGAUGCACCAACUCCCUCAGCUCACUGCGAGAAACAUGCCCGAACCGCCCAUGGACCGCGCAGGCUCCCCUCACGGCUCUGAACACUCUCAAUACUCUCGUCACACCAUGGAAGGCGUUCCGCGUUCCUACCCGUCCCCCAGCGCCAUGGUUGGCGCCCCAAUGCAGAUGCAGGUGCCUGUCUCCCACAUGGGACCCGGCCCCGUGAUCCUGCCCGGCAUCCCUCAGCACGACAUGUCCCAAGGCAUGCCUCAGUACAAGGUUCCUGACCAGCAGGCGCCUCAGCAGCCCACGAAGGCCUACCCGUGCAGUACUUGCGGCAAGGGCUUUGCCCGACGCAGUGAUCUCGCCCGCCACGAACGUAUUCAUAGCGGUAUUCGCCCGCACGUCUGCGAUUUCCCCAACUGUGGCAAGCAAUUCAUCCAGCGUUCUGCCCUCACUGUUCAUCAGCGAGUUCACACGGGAGAGAAGCCUCACAUGUGUGAACGCUGCGGCAAGCCAUUCAGCGACAGUAGUUCCCUGGCACGCCAUCGUCGAAUCCACUCUGGCAAGCGUCCCUACAAAUGUCCUUACGCCGAUUGUCAGAAGACCUUCACUCGCCGCACCACUCUGACGAGACAUCAAAACCAUCAUACCGGCACGGUUGAGGAGGCGGCUGCUGCAACUGCCGCCGCCCUCGCUGCUCGUGGAGCAACCGCUAAGCCGAAUGCGACCCGCUCCGAUGGAGAUGCUGUUUCCAACCGUGGCUCACCGCUGACCACGCCUUCUCCUGGCCAGCGAACCCUUUCGAUGUCGCCUAGUGCCGACGGCAUGCACCGUACCAACUCGGAGUUUCAGUACAUGGGCAACAGCUCGCUUCCUGUCCAUCUCCAGCGAGACAUGCACGUGGGUAGCCCUGCGUCCACAACCUCGGGCGGUUACAACACCGGCAUGAGGCCCACCUCGCAUCCCACCAGCUACGGACCGCCUCCCACGCUGGAGCCGAGUGUCGAGCAGCACUCAGGUCCUGGCAGCGCCGGCGGCAGCCCUCACAUGAGCAAUGUCGGCUGGCAGUCCCCGUCGCAUGUCGCCUCUCCUUCGCACAGCAGCAACGGUGGCGGUUACACCUAUCCUGACCCCGACGCAUACCCUGCUGCCCCCUCACUCAGUGGACAAAUGUUUUACGGUAACCCAGGACAGGUCCGCCGACCCCAGAGCACCGAACCUCCUGCCGGUGCUUAUGACAUUAAGGGUCGCCAGAGCGAGCUGUGGGCGGGUGCUCACUAA